AUGGCUUCUACGUCUGAGCCUACGGUGAGCCACUCGGGCUGGCUAACCAAGCGCGGAGCGCUCAAGAAGUCAUGGAAGCGUCGUUACUUUGUCCUCGACGCCGAGAAGCAGCGCAUGUCGUACUUUAAGAAGGAUCCCUCGGCAAAGAAGAAGACAAAGCUCCCCAUUGCCAUCAUCCCGCUCCAUGUCUACACCUAUGUUGCUCCUGUCGAUGAGUCGGUUCAUCAGAAGGAUCACGAGUUCCAGAUCUCGGGCGCUGGGCUGAGGACGUUCUUCAUGGCGGCAGACUCGGAGGAGGAGAAGGAUGCGUGGAUGAACGUGUUUCAGGGCAUGGGCAUGAAGUUGGUGCCGGCGGGCGAGGAGCCGCCAAGCGGCGUCUACCAUGCUGGCUGGCUGUACAAGAUGGGCGAGUUUCAUCGGACGUGGCGCCGGCGGUACUUUGUGCUCGACGGUGCUGCCGUCUCGUACCACGAGAGCGUUGACGACGCACAGGUCGGCCGCCGCAACGGCUCGUUUACGCUCAAGGACUACGAGACGCUCGACCUUGUCGACGAGGGCGAGCACGGCAAGCCGUUCGAGUUUUGUGUCACUGGGCCCGGCCGGAGAACAUAUUACAUGGCGGCAACGACCGAGACCGACCUCCUCGAUUGGAUCGACGCCUUCCUCAAGGUUGCCCGGCUGGAGAAGACCGAGCGGCUGCAGGCCUUUGUCGACCGCAACGGCUACCGUGUGACCGGCCCGAACGAAACCGGCGGCUACGCCGUUGUCGCCGCCGCCGAGACGCCCGCCAAGGUCAUCGACAUUCCACCAUCGGCCCCGGUCUCGUACGUGGUCAAGGUCAUCAACGGCCACCAGUCAUUCCAUCUCACCAUCUCUACCGAGCAAGUCUCCUUUGUCUCGCGCUCCAACGUCAAGAACUUCCCCUUUACCCAGAUCUACUCGUACGACUUCCAGAUGACCGACGGCGUGCCGGUCAUCACUCUUCACCCGCGCGUGCCAGGCACCCGCAAGUGCAAGGUGUACAAGAUCGUGCCCGAGAACGAGGCCAUCCUGCACCAUGUCAAGGCCCGCUUCGAGGCCAUGAUUCAGCUCGUCAUCGAGUCCCGCAAGCUCUUUGUCACCGUCAAGAAGGCAUUUGUCCCGGUCUCGGAAAAGGACGUCGCCGUCGACGUCGGCGAAGAGGUCACCAUCGUCAAGACCGUCAAGUCGGGCGACCUCCUCAUCCGCAAGAAGGACGGCACUGCAGGUACCAUCCCCGUCGACUGCGUUGACAUGCCCAAAGCUGCCCGCCUCAAAGCCAAGAAGGGUCGCCGCCAGUCAAAGGUCCCCGUCGCCGCCGCAGGCGGCAUCGGCGACCUCGUCGCAGACUCGGGUCUGCCCGCCAACGCCGACGUCAACGCUGCCGACGCCGCCGACGCACAGUCCAACUCGGCCGCCGCGCCCUCCGCCUCGGCCUCGUCCACCACCGCUCCAGACACCUCGGCUGCCGCCUCCUCCUCGUCAUCCUCGUCUUCGCUCGACUCGUCCGGCUCGUACUCCUCGUCUUCCGACUCGGACUCGGACUCGGACUCGUCGUCUUCGUAGCUGAGCCGCCCACAUACACUCAGAAUCACACC